CCUCGUGUUAAGCCACCACCCACUCUUCAUCAUUCUUUAAUCCCCUCCGAUUUCAUCCCUGCCUUCUUUCUUUCCUCUGCCACUCGCCGCAGCCGAUGGCCGCCUCGGCAAUCAGAAACCCUAGCCCAGCCGCCGCCGUCGCCGCGCCUCUGCCCUCCCGCGCGGUGCUGCGGAUGGUCACGCCGUCGGCCCGGAGAGGCGCGUCCGUCGUGGCGUCCGCGUCAAUGCGGCCGGCCAAGGCGGUCGCGGCGGAGGCGCCCUCCCCCGUCGCCGAGAGGGUGAACGGGGCCGAGGUGGCGGGGGCCGGCAUCGCGAGGCCCGACGCGCUCGGCAGGUUCGGCAAGUUCGGGGGCAAGUACGUGCCGGAGACCCUCAUGCACGCCCUCACCGAGCUCGAGGCCGCCUUCCACGCGCUCGCCGACGACGAGGACUUCCAGAAAGAACUCGAUGGUAUCCUCAAGGAUUAUGUGGGCCGCGAGAGCCCGCUAUACUUUGCGGAGCGCCUGACGGAGCACUACAAGCGUGCUGAUGGCACUGGCCCACUGAUUUACCUCAAGAGGGAGGAUCUGAACCACACCGGUGCUCACAAGAUCAACAAUGCUGUGGCACAAGCUCUGCUUGCCAAGAAGCUUGGGAAGCAGCGUAUUAUUGCUGAGACUGGUGCUGGUCAGCAUGGGGUUGCCACUGCCACAGUGUGUGCUCGGUUUGGGCUGGAGUGCAUCAUCUACAUGGGUGCACAAGAUAUGGAGAGGCAGGCGCUUAACGUUUUCAGGAUGAAGCUUCUUGGGGCAGAGGUAAGGCCAGUACAUUCUGGGACUGCAACGCUGAAGGAUGCUACCUCGGAGGCCAUCCGUGACUGGGUCACCAACGUAGAGACCACACACUACAUUUUGGGCUCAGUUGCGGGUCCACACCCAUACCCGAUGAUGGUGAGGGAGUUCCAUAAGGUGAUCGGCAAGGAGACCCGUAGACAGGCGAUGGACAAGUGGGGUGGCAAGCCUGACGUGCUGGUUGCUUGCGUUGGUGGUGGAUCAAAUGCCAUGGGUCUCUUCCAUGAGUUUGUUGAUGAUCAGGAUGUAAGACUGAUUGGAGUGGAGGCUGCUGGUCAUGGUGUAGACACUGACAAGCACGCUGCAACAUUGACAAAGGGGGAAGUCGGAGUUCUCCAUGGAUCUCUGAGUUAUGUAUUGCAGGAUGCUGAUGGACAAGUUAUUGAGCCCCACUCCAUCAGUGCUGGGUUGGAUUACCCAGGUGUUGGACCUGAGCAUAGUUUCUUGAGGGAUAUUGGACGUGCUGAAUAUGAUAGUGUGACAGAUCAGGAGGCAUUGGACGCUUUCAAGCGCACCUCUCGGCUGGAGGGCAUCAUCCCUGCCCUGGAGACAUCCCACGCACUGGCUUACCUGGAGAAGCUCUGCCCAACACUGCCGGACGGUGUGAGGGUGGUUCUCAACUGCAGUGGAAGAGGAGACAAGGAUGUCCACACAGCCAGCAAGUACCUUGAAGUCUAGAACUCCGGAAAGACUAAACAAUGGUGGCUUUCGUAUGAGCAGUUUUGAAAGCGAAAAAAAGAAAGCAAUUGCUUAGUGUUGUUCUUUGGGGUAGAAUAUGAGGGUACAAAUAAUCCUGGAAGUCGGUUGGUCUAUAGCUAAUUUAGCUUGGUUUGUUGAAUUUUAUCUAAAUAAAAAUAUGUUGUAUGCUAAACUUGGUAAAUAAAGGCUCGUUUUGCGCCAUGCAUUACAUUCAA